UAGAAGAUACAGUACUUGAGUACAGUGUUCAACGGACGGAGCUAAAGAUGCGAUUCCAAUUCAUUCUGGCCUUUGGUCUUGUCGUCCUCGUCGCUUAUGGUGGCACCUCAGGCACCACGGGCACCACAGGAACCACAGGCACCACAGGCACCACGGGCACCACUGGCACCAGCACCGGCACCACGGGCACAACGGGCACCACUGGGACCACUGGCACCACAGGCACUACAGGCACCACUGGCACCACUGGCACCACAGGCACCACAGGCACUACAGGCACCACCGGCACUCCCAGCUCGUCCACCACCAGCUCUGGCACCCCCAGCACUUCAUCCUCGACCAGUCCUUCCACAACCUCCACUUCUCCAACUACCAGCUCCCCCUCUUCCAGCGACUCAUCGUCCUCCGGCUCCAGCAGCAGCUCCUCGUCGGCCAAGCAGAGGCGCAGGGAGAGACGUCGCCGCGAGAGGCGUCGUGAGAGGCGCCAGGAGAGACGCCGGGUGAGGCGCCAGCGCCAGCGCCAGCAGAACCGCCGUGGCUAAGAUGGGAAGCCCAGCUCAUAAGACAUUGUAUCUGAAGGCAAAUAAAACGAUUAUAUGAAAACGAAA